CUGGUUGCGCGGUUUCCUGCAACCUAUAAAUCCCGCCCGAUCACCUUGCUCUGCCCAUCUCAUCUUACUCACAUUCACUCAACUGAUACUACUAGGUAGUCCCCUUCCUUCGGAUCUCUUGCCACCAAGCUCUGCUCACGCGAAGAUGUCGACGGUGACCCGUGCCUACCUCGACCAGAGGCUCGCCGCCGCCAAGCGCUGCUCGAAAGAGGCUGCCAUGGCGGGAGCUAAGGCCGCGGCCGUCGCCACCGUCGCUGCCGCAGUCCCCACCCUCGCGAGCGUGAGGAUGCUGCCGUGGGCGAAGGCGCACCUCAACCCAACCGGGCAGGCGCUCAUCAUCUCCACCGUCGCCGGAAUGGCCUACUUCAUCGUCGCAGACAAGACCAUCCUCUCCAUGGCAAGGAAGCACUCCUUCGAGGACGCGCCGGAGCACCUCAGGAACACCUCCUUCCACUAAUUAGCCUAUUGUAGAUCCAUUAGUAUAGUGCGUAAUAAACCGUGUUCUGCUGAAGCCUGAAAGAUGGUAUAAUGUUCAGCGAGAGGGUAUAAUUAUCUGAUGAUGUAUGUAAUAAUGUGGCCAUGUUCUCCAUCUUGUCAUCUUUCCAGGGAUCGUGAAAUAAUAACCAGCUCUUGUACAA